GCGAGGAGGACCUUCCCACACCCAGAAACUGCAAGAUCCACAUCUGUUUGUGCGUUUUAGCACGUCUCUGUUCCGCCUUGGAAUUUCCUUAACCCACAAAGCAGAACAAGGCUUUUAUUCCAAGGAAUAAUCACUUUAUUGUUUUGAGUCGGUUCAGCAGUUUUCCUUUUAGUUCCUGGUUCGGUUCAGAGCAGCGUUUAUAAAGGCAGACUGAGUGAAUGAGCUGAAAUCCUCCGAACUCUGCAGAAACGAACUGAAGAUGGUCCAGUACAUCACGGAUAUGGAGGUGUCGGUGAACAGCGCUGAGGAGAGCCAUCUACGUAAACAUGGCUUCAUCCAGCUUCAUGUUAAUCUGAACGCAGGAAUUGGAGGAAACAGAAUCUUCCUCUGGUACAAAACCAGUGAAUGCCCAGCAAUCACCAGGAUCCAGUUCUCCUUCACAGAUGGAAUGAAAGAAGGUCUGCUCACCGAGGGCUACCACAAGGUCAACAAAAACCUUAAUGCCGAAGCUGGUGGCAGCCCCAUCUACCUGUGGUUCUUCAAAGGAACCACUGAGUAUGAUGUUCCAAUAGUGGAGCUGGAUGUUUCCACUGAUGUAGCAGGAGAUGCUGCAAAGCUUCAGCCUCAGUGGGAGAGGUCUGCCUGUGACCUGAACCGUAACGCUGGAGGGAAGCAGGUCUACCUGUGGAUGAAGAGGGAGAAACAGACCUACAUCUGUGACGUCACCGCCACCGAUAAGAGCGUUUCAGACGCCAACUGGUUCCGCCAAGGUUACAUCCGAUUGGAUGAAGACACCAACAGAGGUGCAGGUGGGGCUUACGUCUACAUCUGGUACCGACAGACCACUGAUAGUCAGAAGGCCGUCAGAGACCUUCAGGUCUCCACCAAUCAGGAGGAUGAAGACAGCUAUCAGAACCAGUACUAUGAGAAAGUGGAAACGGAUCUGAACGAGGGAACCCAAGGAUCCAGAGUCUUUCUGUGGUUCAAGAAGAAUGAGUGCAGCAAAGACCCCAUCAAGACGGUCACCCUGCUCCUCGACCAAACCGCAAAGACGCCGUUUAUGAACGCCGGCGCCGAAGUCAUCGACAAGAAUCUCAAUGAUGGAAAUAAAGGCGCCCCAGAGUUCCUGUGUUUUAAUUAGAGAGUCAUCGUUGUUCCUGAGCUCAGUGAGAAGAAAGGAUCACUGAUGUUAUUCUGAUCAAGUCAAGUCAGCUUUUAUUGUCACUUUCUUCAUAUGUACAAGACAUACAAGGGAAAUUAAAUUACGUUUACUCUCUAGAAAUAUACACAUAUGAUCACACCCUCCAUGAAAUUAUGUCAUUAAUUCUCUCCUUUCUGACUCUGAUUUCCUGUUUUAAUAAAGACGAGCAUCUGA